AUGGCUUCUUCCGCGACGGGCGACUUCAAGAAGGACCGCCUUGGCUCCGCAUUUCAGUCAGUGCCACUUUCUCUCCACCUCCUGCUUGUCUUGUCUUGUCGACCCGAAUUGACUCCUCGGACCCUAUCGCCUCAGCGCUCCGAAAAGGCGCAGUUCGCAGCCCCUAGGAGCGUCUGUCCGCGUUCACUGUCAGUACGGGUAUGUCAGUGCCAUGCCAUCCAACUCGGUCCAAGCGCUGUGUCGCUGUUGGUGUGUGCGCCCCCCGCCACGUAAAGAUGUCAGACACAUACAAAGAGUGCAAUAGCGCUGCUUAGCGACAUAGCACCUGCGUGCCUCGAACGUCUUAUCAGACGCCAGGUCACAGCGACCCGACAGCUUAUUGGCGAGUAGCCGCUUCCCUUACACACCUGGUUCGCAGUGCAAUGACCGAGAGGCGGUGAGCUGGCUGCUGCUUUAGCUAACAUGCGUCUUUGUCGACAAAUGGAAGGCGUAUCAAAGGAGCAACCAGUCGGCCGGCUGGCUGUCGGUACUGGUGCUGGUGCUGGUGCUGGUACUGGUACGAGUAU